AUGAUCAGAGCACAGACUAGGUUAUAUGAUCUUGGUUUGCUUUUCUCUUGGUCUCUUCUCUCCAGUCCUCCUCCAGACAGCAAAUCAGAUUCUAGCACUCUUCCGCCAAUCAAAUCAAAGACCAGCUUCAUCGAGGCCGACAAGUACUUCCUGCCGUUUGAGUUGGCAUGUCAGUCCAAAUGUCCCCGCAUCGUCAUCACAUCACUAGACUGUUUACAGAAGCUGAUAGCGUACGGCCACCUGACAGGCAGCGGUCCAGACAGCGCGGCCCCAGGCAAGAAGCUCAUCGACAGGAUCAUCGAGACCAUCUGUGGCUGCUUCCAGGGACCACAGACAGAUGAGGGGGUGCAGCUACAGAUCAUUAAGGCCCUGUUGACGGCGGUGACCUCCCAGCACAUAGAGAUUCACGAGGGCACGGUGCUGCAGGCGGUCAGGACCUGCUACAACAUCUACCUAGCCAGCAAGAACCUCAUCAACCAGACCACGGCCAAGGCCACACUCACUCAGAUGCUCAACGUCAUCUUCGCCCGCAUGGAGAACCAGGCACUUACAAAUCACAAGAUAUCUUGGUCUCUGGCUUCCAGAAAACGUGACCGCCAGCUCCAGGAGGCCAAGCAGAUGGAGAGGGAGAAGCACCGGCAGCACUCCCCAGUCACCCAGCAACAGGAACAGGAACAAGACUCGCCCCAGCUCCAGCAGCACACCUAUCCCAUAGCCAAGGGCCUUCCUCGGGAGGCCAACGGGCCCACCACCCCCUCUACACCCACGCCCACCUCCACACCCUCCACUCCCUCCACACCUACACCUGCCCCGGCCCCUAAGGGCAGCACGGCUGGGGCAGGGGACCCCCAGGGGGCCACGGAGUACGGCCAGGGGGCUACAGAGGAGGAGCAGGCAUUGCAAGGGGAACCGGGGGUGGUUUAUGAGAGCACGAACUCAGAGAAUGGCUCUGAGUUCAGCACAGCAGAGAACCACCAGACAGAGGCAGACCAGCCCACAGGCUUGGGUGCCGCUCAGCCUGAUCAGGAAGCAGUAGAGGAGGGGGAGGAGCCUAACUAUGAGGAGAUCGUCCAGAGCAUCCUACAGGAGGUCGUCAACACCGUUGUUGGAGGGCAAUGCCUGAAACCUGCUCGUAUGUGUUCAGAUGCCAUGGAGUCCGCUGGUGAGACCGAGCUGCCCACAGAGGUCACGGAACCUGCUAAGGUCAUCAAUGAGGUUAUCACCAAGGCAACAGCGAUCACAGAGGUCACAGAGAUGGUAGAAGACGAGGGGGACAGCGAGAACGUCCACGCCAACGGAAUCCCCGGCACGCCCAUCUCUGCCAGCUUCCCUCCGUCGCUGCCCGAUGACAGGCUGUCUGUCUCCUCUAGUGAUACACAGGAGUCGGGAGCGACCACAGGCCCAGUACCAGGUGCUAAGUUCUCCCAUAUUCUCCAGAAGGAUGCCUUCCUAGUGUUUAGAUCGCUCUGCAAGCUGUCCAUGAAGCCUCUGUCAGAUGGUCCCCCAGACCCAAAGUCCCACGAGCUGCGCUCCAAGGUGCUGUCCCUCCAGCUGCUCCUGUCCAUACUGCAGAACGCUGGGCCCAUCUUCAAGACCAACGAGAUGUUCAUCAACGCCAUCAAGCAGUACCUGUGUGUGGCGCUGUCUAAGAACGGUGUCUCCUCUGUCCCUGAAGUCUUUGAGCUCUCGCUCUCCAUCUUCCUCACCCUCCUUUCCCACUUCAAGACCCACCUCAAGAUGCAGAUCGAGGUGUUCUUCAAGGAGAUUUUCCUGUAUAUUCUGGAGACGUCAACAAGCUCCUACGACCAUAAAUGGAUGGUUAUACAGACCCUAACCAGAAUAUGUGCAGAUGCCCAGGGUGUGGUGGAUAUCUAUGUGAAUUAUGAUUGUGACUUGAAUGCUGCUAAUAUCUUUGAGAGGCUGGUGAAUGACCUGUCGAAGAUCGCACAGGGCCGGGCAGGCCACGAGCUCGGUACAACACCAAUCCAGGAGUUGACCCUGAGGAAGAAAGGCCUGGAGUGUCUGGUGUCCAUCUUGAAGUGUAUGGUGGAGUGGAGUAAGGACCAGUAUGUCAACCCCAACUCCCAGACCAGCCUUGGUAAGAGACUGACCAAACUACAAGGGUCAUUCGAGCAGGGCAUUGACCUGUUCAACAAGAAACCAAAGAGGGGCAUCCAGUACCUCCAGGAGCAAGGUAUGCUGGGAACCACCCCGGAGGACCUCGCUCAGUUCCUGCACCAGGAGGAGAGGCUGGACUCGACUCAGGUGGGUGAGUUCCUGGGGGACAAUGAUCGCUUCAAUAAAGAGGUCAUGUAUGCCUAUGUGGACCAGAUGGACUUCCAGGGCAAAGACUUUGUCUACGCUCUCAGAACAUUCCUCGAGGGCUUCCGUCUCCCGGGAGAGGCUCAGAAGAUCGACAGGCUCAUGGAGAAAUUUGCUGCUAGAUAUCUGGAAUGCAAUCAGGGGCAAACUGAGUUUGCAAGUGCAGACACUGCGUACGUCCUUGCCUACUCAAUCAUUAUGUUGACAACAGACCUUCAUAGUCCGCAGGUUAAGAACAAGAUGACUAAAGAACAAUACAUCAAGAUGAACAGAGGGAUCAACGACAGCAAGGAUCUACCGGAGGAGUAUCUGUCGGCCAUCUACGACGAGAUCGCAGGGAAGAAGAUCGCUAUGAAGGGGACCAAGGAAAUUACUCUGAAAUCCAACAAGCACAGUGUGGCCAGUGAGAAGCAGAGGCGGCUGCUAUAUAAUGUAGAGAUGGAGCAGAUGGCUAAGACAGCCAAGGCCCUGAUGGAGGCAGUCAGUCACGUCCAGGCUCCCUUCACCAGCGCCACACACCUGGAGCACGUCAGACCCAUGUUCAAGCUGGCCUGGACCCCGUUCCUAGCAGCCUUCAGUGUGGGCCUCCAGGACUGUGACGAUACUGAGGUGGCUUUUCUCUGUCUGGAGGGAAUACGCUUUGCCAUCCGGAUAGCCUGCAUCUUCACCAUACAGCUUGAGCGGGAUGCGUAUGUGCAGGCCCUGGCACGGUUCACCCUGCUCACAGCCAGCUCUGGCAUCACUGAGAUGAAGCAGAAGAACAUCGACACCAUCAAGACUCUCAUCACCGUCGCCCACACAGACGGAAACUACCUGGGCAACUCCUGGCACGAGAUAAUGAAGUGUAUCAGUCAGUUGGAGCUGGCCCAGCUGAUCGGGACGGGGGUGAAGGCCAGGUACAUCUCAGGGACGGUUCGGGGGAAAGAGGGCUUCAUCACCAGCACCAAGGAGCAGAGCAACGAUGAAUACCUGGGCCUGGCAGGUGGGACAGUAGACCGGAAGCAGAUCCUCAGUAUCCAGGAGUCCAUAGGAGAGACCAGCUCCCAGAGUGUGGUGGUGGCUGUGGACAGAAUAUUCACAGGUUCUACCAGACUGGAUGGUAAUGCAAUUGUGGACUUUGUGCGCUGGUUGUGUGCUGUGUCUAUGGAUGAGCUGGCCUCGCCCACACACCCCCGCAUGUUCAGCCUGCAGAAGAUAGUGGAGAUCUCCUACUACAACAUGGGACGAAUCAGACUGCAGUGGUCCAGGAUCUGGGAGGUCAUUGGAGACCACUUCAACAAGGUUGGAUGUAACCCCAAUGAGGAUGUAGCUAUCUUUGCCGUGGAUUCUCUCCGGCAGCUGUCCAUGAAGUUUCUAGAGAAGGGAGAGCUGGCGAACUUCAGGUUCCAGAAGGACUUUCUGAGGCCUUUCGAGCACAUCAUGAAAAAGAACAGAUCUCCAACGAUCAGGGACAUGGUGGUGCGCUGUAUAGCCCAGAUGGUCAACUCACAGGCGGGGAACAUCCGGUCGGGCUGGAAGAACAUCUUCUCAGUGUUCCACCUGGCUGCCUCAGACCAGGAUGAGAGCAUCGUAGAGCUAGCCUUCCAGACCACGGGCCACAUCAGCAUGAAUGUAUUUGAGAAGCACUUCCCAGCCACCAUAGACUCCUUCCAGGAUGCAGUCAAGUGUCUGUCUGAGUUCGCAUGCAACGCCUCCUUCCCCGACACCAGCAUGGAGGCCAUCCGUCUCAUCCGCCACUGCGCCAAAUACGUCUCUGACAGGCCCCAGGCAUUCAAAGACUACACCAGCGAUGACAUGAAUGUAGUCCCAGAGGACCGGGUGUGGGUGAGGGGGUGGUUCCCCAUCCUCUUUGAGCUGUCCUGCAUUAUCAACAGGUGCAAACUGGACGUCAGGACCAGGGGUCUGACGGUGAUGUUUGAGGUGAUGAAGACCUAUGGACACACCUUUGAGAAGCACUGGUGGCAGGAUCUGUUCAGGAUCGUCUUCAGGAUAUUUGACAACAUGAAGCUGCCUGAGCAGCAAACUGAGAAAGCAGAGUGGAUGACGACGACCUGUAACCACGCACUUUACGCCAUCUCUGACGUGUUCACGCAGUACUUUGAGACUCUCAGUGACGUCCUGCUGGAUGACAUCCUGUCCCAACUGUACUGGUGUGUUCAGCAAGAUAAUGAGCAGUUGGCUCGGUCAGGCACUAACUGUCUAGAGAACGUGGUCAUCCUGAAUGGAGAGAAGUUUACUCCGGAGACCUGGGACAAGACCUGUAACUGCAUGCUGGACAUCUUCAAGACCACCAUCCCACACGCACUGUUGACAUGGAGACUAGCAGGAGCAGAGGGGGAUCCCAUGACACCACAGGAUGUAUCAGACAAACAGCUGGAUUCAAUUUCCCAGAAGUCAGUGGACAUCCAGUCCCGUUCCGAGGACCAGCAUUCCAUCAACAGUGCGGAGAGGAUUGCCAUGGAGACCCGGCGGCAGAGUCAGUACAGCGCAGGCAUGUGUGAGGACAGCCCCAGAACCCGGACUCCAACAAAGAUCCAGGAGCAGAGGUUAUUCUCAGGCUUGCUCAUUAAGUGUGUAGUGCAGUUGGAGCUGAUCCAGACCAUAGACAACAUGGUCUUCUUCCCUGCAACCAGCAGGAAGGAGGACGCUGAGAACCUGGCUGCUGCGCAGAGAGAUGCUCUGGACGCGGCAGAUGUCCGUGUCGAGACUCAGGACCAAGGAAUGUACCGCUACCUGACCUCAGAACAGCUGUUUAAGCUGCUGGACUGCCUGUUGGAGUCCCACCGCUUCGCCAAGGCCUUCAACUCUAGCAACGAGCAGAGGACCACUCUAUGGAAGGCAGGUUUUAAAGGGAAGUCGAAGCCCAAUUUGCUGAAGCAGGAGACCAGCAGUCUGGCGUGUGGCCUAAGGAUCCUGUUCCGGAUGUACACUGAUGACAGCCGUCAGACCGCCUGGGAGGAAGUCCAGAGACGGCUGCUUAAUGUGUGCAGUGAGGCAGUAGCCUACUUCCUGACUCUAACAUCAGAGAGCCACAGAGAAGCCUGGACCAACCUUUUGCUCCUCUUCCUCACCAAGGUCCUGAAGAUCAGUGAUGACAGGUUCAAGGCCCAUGCGUCCAGGUACUAUCCUCUGCUGUGUGAGAUCAUGCAGGUUGAUCUAAUCCCAGAACUGCGGGCUGUGCUGCGGAAGUUCUACCUACGCAUCGGCAUCGUGUUCCAGAUCGCCCAGCUGCCUGAACUACCUGCAGAACCAGAAGCAGAGCAGGAAGUUGAGGUGGAGAGGGGGGUGGUGGCUGGAGAGGAAGCCCAGUGAUUGUGCACUUGUAGCGGGCUGGCUGCGAGACCUCUGACUAGGGAAGCCUGGAGUUCUGGAAGUCCUCCUCCCCGCUUGCCUUGGGUUUGUCUACCAACCCUUUAGGACUAUGGUCUCCCAUCCCCCAGGGUACUAUGAAGGGUGCAUCUGACCAGACUUCACCCUUCUGGAUUUGGCAGUUACCCAGAAUCCCCAACUAACGGUACAGGAAACUCCAAGGUGUCUCUACUGUGAACCUGACUGGUCAUGUGACAGAAAAUGGCACCUCCCAUAUACACUACAUGGCUAAAAGUAUGUGGACAAGUGCUUGUCGAACGUGUCAUUCCAAAAUCAUGGGCAUUUA